UUAGGAGGACGGCACAACCACAAUAGGCUGAUGAAGCACCCAGCCUGAGUCAACAUCUUGGAGGACGGGACAGACGACUGGUGACCCAAUCCAGCUUUUCGCUGCUCUCCCACGAGCGACAACCACCUAGAACUCCCAGCAAAGCCCGUCGCAACCAUGGCCGACAACGAGCAGCAGCCGCCGGCCGCCGAGCAGUCGACGGAGCCCUCCAAGAGCGCGCUCAAGAAGGCCGCCAAGGCUGCGCAAAAGGGCGCUGAGAAGGCCGCCAAGGCCGCGAAGCAGAUGCCCGUCCAGACCAAGAAGACGGACGACAUCAUCGGCAUCACCGUUUCCAAGGAUGAAAACUUUGCCCAGUGGUACCAGGAGGUGGUGCUCAAGGCCGAGAUGAUCGAGUACUACAACGAGAUCUCGGGCUUCUACAUCCUACGCCCUGCUGCCAUGUUUGUGUGGAGUCAUAUUCGCAAGUGGUUCCAGGAGAGGAUCGACGUCAUGGGCGUCGAGGAGACCAGCUUUCCCAUGUUCCUGUCCUCCAAGUCGCUCGAGAAGGAGAAGAACCACGUCGAGGGCUUUGCGCCCGAGCUGGCCUGGGUCACCAAGGCUGGCGACAAGGACCUCGAGGUCCCCGUCGCUGUCCGCCCGACCUCCGAGGCCGUCAUGUACCCCUACUACGCCAAGUGGAUCCGCAGCCAUCGCGAUCUGCCUCUGCGCCUGAACCAAUGGAACUCGGUCGUGCGUUGGGAGGCCAAGCAGACGACCCCCUUCCUGCGCGCCAGGGAGUUCCUGUGGCAGGAGGGCCACACGGCCCACCUUUCCGAGGAGCUGGCUGGCAAGGAGGUGCUGGAAAUCCUGGAGCUGUAUGCCGGCGUCUACGAGCAGCUGCUCGCCGUCCCGGUCGUGCGCGGCAAGAAGACAGAGAACGAGAAGUUUGCUGGUGGAUACUACACCACCACAGUUGAGGGCUACAUCCCCUCCAACGGCCGCGGCAUCCAGGGCGCCACGUCGCACUGUCUUGGUCAGAACUUCAGCAAAAUGUUCGACAUCACUGUCGAGGACCCGGCCAAGCAGGGCGGCCACCUCCACGUCUGGCAGAACUCGUGGGGCCUGUCGACGCGUGUUAUUGGUGUCAUGGUCAUGAUCCAUGGCGACGACAAAGGCCUAGUUCUUCCGCCCCGCAUCUCCAAGAUCCAGACCGUUCUGAUCCCCGUUGGCCUCACUGCCAAGACCACCCCUGAGGAGAGGACCAAGCACGGCGAAAAAGUGGAGGAGAUUAGGAAGACGCUCAAAGACGCCGGCCUGCGCGUCGAGGCGGACCUGCGCGAGGGCUACACCCCGCCGUGGAAGUUCAACGACUGGGAGCUCAAGGGUGUGCCGCUGCGCCUGGAGUUCGGCCCCAAGGACGCGGCCAAGGAGGUGGUGAGCUAUGCACGACGCGACACUGGCGAGAAGGGCACCAUCCCCAUUGCCGACCUCGCCACAAAGGUCCCCGAACUGCUCGAGACCAUCCAGAAGGCCAUGUUCGAGAAGGCCGACGCCGCCUUCCGAUCGCACCGGCUCGUCAUCUCGGAGUGGGACAAGGUUGUGCCCGCACUUGACUCCAAAAACGUGGUUCUUAUUCCCCACUGCCUGGACGGCAAGUGCGAGGACCACAUCAAGGACAUCACCAAGGGCAGCGGCGUGGAGCUGAUGGCUGACGGCCAAAAAGCACCCUCGAUGGGCAUGAAGAGCCUGUGCAUUCCCUUUGAGCAGCCAGAGGGUGGCCUCGUCAAGGGCGAGACCAAGUGCCUCAGCCCUGACUGUGAUAAGCUCGCCGAGACGUUUGUCAUGUUUGGUAGGAGUUACUAGGCAGUGGUUCGCCAGCCUGAUGUGACGGCCUCGUGGGUCAGGGUCAAAUACAGCAGAGCAUGUCAUUCCAAUAGGGGGCCAGGCGAAUCUAACCAUAGUUCAUGUGACGGACCUCCCUACUCACAAAUUUAGCUAUGAUAUGAAGGUCGUAGUUGCGGUGGCGACGGGCGGAGCAAUUUCAGGCAUGCAAGGCAUGACGGUUGCGGCAUUUUGAUCUGGGUGUUGGGAUGGCGGAAAAAAAUGGCAGCGAGCUCGUGCUUUUCGUUUAGAUACCUACUUUUUCAAUUUCCCUUCUUCGUAGAGCAAGGCCCGACCCUCUGUCUCCUUGGCCAUAUGUUCCAGCCCCUUUCAAGGGCCUUACCCGAGUGGCGUAUUCCGGCAAGCCAACUCAUGUCAACCGUCAACCACUUUGAACCUUGCCAAGCCA